AUGCCCGCAUAUGCUACGGAUGGAGAGUGGACCCUCGUUCGGCGACGCAGGGGCCGGGGAGGGGACCGCGACUGGAGAGCUGAGGAGAUCGCACGUAGACCACCUCGCCGAAGCAGCUAUCCAUCUCGAGAGGGUCGGAGGACCUACACGGCGAUCAGGAGAGAUGAUCACCGCAGCGGUGAGUCAGACUUUUUCCACGCACCACAGCGGAACCGGGGAGAAACCAGCCGGCAGCAGACCGCUAUGCAACCCGCCAGGAGAGCUGGAGAGGUGAUCGCGGCUGGGGAGCUGACGAGGACGCACGCCGACCACCUCGGCGCAGCAGCCAUCCAUCUCGAGAAGGUCGGAGGACCUAUGCGGCGGCCGGACCGUCCGGCACCGGACCGCUAUGCAGCCCGCCAGGAGGGCUGGAGAGGAGACCGCGGCUGGAGAGCUGAGGAGGACGUACGCCGACCACCUCGACGCAGCAGCUACCCAUCUCGAGGAGGUCGGAGGACCUAUGCGGCGGCCGUGGGAGAGGAUCACCGCAGCGACGAGCCGGACUUUUUCCACGCACCACAGCGGAACCGGAGGGGAGAACAGCCGGCGACAGACCGCUAUGCAGCCCGGCAAGGAAGUCGGACCGGACGGGACCGACGAUUCGACCGGAGAACGGCUCGGGACAAUCGGUAUGUGAGACGCACUCGCGCUGAGCGAGCUGGACCUCCUGUUAACAAAAUAAUUUCAGAUGAUCCGGACUUUUCUAAAAAGGUCCGCAUUAUUCACAGACUUAUUAAGACAGUACACCAUUUGAAAAAUGUGACUAGUGACACUUAUCCUCCUUCUUUAAACAAAAUAGCACACAAUUUAAAGACUGUUAUUAAACCUGCCGUCCCUACCAAACACACACAAAAUAAGAUUGAGGAGAACGCUAAAAACUGGGCCCGUACAACCAUGGUGAUCCUCCGGCAACAUUAUACUCAGAGCGUAGAGGAGGAAUUAAAAGCUCUCUCUGAGUGUUCUAAACAGGACUGGGAGGGCCCGUUCGAGAUAGCAACAUCCUGGGCCAAGAGGAACCUGGGCCGCCGCCUCCAACCUGACUCUCUGGAACAGGCCAGAGCUGAGAUCGUGGCCAAACUGGGGGACCUGGGGACUGCCACUUCAACAGAGGAGGGCCCACCUGCACCCCGCACAACAUCCAAAACAACGACGGCAACGAUGACGGACCACGUCGCUGGAGACUGGUCACCUUCUUCUGAGAUGGAGCAGGAACAAGAGAGGGAACUGACACCUUCCUCCCCUCCAGAAUCUUCACAACCAGCAGAGCCCAAUCUGGCCACACCGAAGGAGCAGAGGGUGUUGAGAUUCGCCGCCUCGAUCCCAGAGACGCCAUCCCAGGAACGGCCAUGUUCUCCCUCCAUCCAACCACCACAAUCUGGUGAAAUUAUGGACACUGAGGGACUGGACCUCACACAGGGGGAAGUCACCCCCAAAAAGACAAAGCGGGUUAGCACUUUAACAGUGGCUAAACCGCAACCAGUGUCUCACCCGGGACCAUCUCGCAGCGGCUUAGACAGACUGACUUCCUGUGUGCAAACCCGGCUUCAGCUUCAAGCAGCAGAGGAAUCAUCAUCUUCUUCAUCAUCUCCUCCUCCUUCACCAGCCUCGCCGGGACAGCAGGUGCGGACGCCGACCAGACAUCCCAACACACACAGGAAAUUGAGAGACUGGCACCUGCAUGUGAAAGAGCCCUGGCUCGUCGUCGGCGAUUCUAAUGUUAGCAGACUGCCCCCCUUUGCAGCUGACAGUUUGCAGAUCGAUGGCUUCCCGGGAGCCAAAUGGUGGCAUGCAGAGUACCUCCUGGAGAAAGCCACUAUUGCCACACCGGUGACAAAACUAAUCCUGUCUUUUGGCAUUAAUAACAGGUCCCAGAGAGACAAGAAUAUGCCGGUGUUGGAACUGAAAAGGGCCCUGAAAGUAGCCCGGCAGAAGUUCCCUGAGGCUAACAUUUAUGUGCCUGAGAUUAACUUUUCUUCUGCUCUUUCUCAGGUGGAAAAGGACACUUUGAUGUACUUGAACACUUUCAUUACAGGACUAAAAGAUCACAUUCCAGCCCUCACCUCAGACAUUUUCACUACAGAAGAGGAUGACAUUCACUGGUCAUAUGGAACUUCAGAGGCAAUGUUACAACACUGGGAGAUGUAUGUAAAUGGGGAGUCCCCAUAAGCCUGACACAUCGGGAGGGGUCAAGUGAUUUACAUGUUGUUGAUGGUGUUAUGAACUUGUCCAAAAAAUUCCAUCCUUCCACUGCUCAGCGGAGCCUGCUGAAUAGAGGCCUGACUUUUAUCCCCACAAAAGGCUACAACAAAAAUUUACAAUUACAAUGCAAAUAUGACAUUCAGCAGUACCAUAGGAGGAUCAAAUUGGCUGCCUUUUAUGGAGAUAAAAAUGAGACUCAAUCUCAGCCCUUCACUCCAAAGUCAUACUGGUCUCCGCCCAAUGCUCAGCUGC